GAAAGCACAACUACACCUACACGUAGUCUUAACCACCCACCCACCCACACACACCACCACCACAAAAGCACGCACCCUCUCAAGCUAUUUCAGUACAUUUACGUUCCGAACUUCACGGUAGUUGUCAAGCAAUAUUCAUUUCUAUCAUUCGAAUCCUUUUUUUUUCAUGUACUUCGAUUUUCAUUUCAUAUACACAAUUCUUUUUUAUCUGUUCUUCUUUCGCGGCAUCAGGACGCGCAAGUUAUACACGGCGGCCAGCGCUUCACACAACAUUUGCGCAUUCCGCGACAGCUCCAUUUCACACACCCGCAUAACUUGAUAGUUUGUUGGUUUUGUUGUUGAGACUGCGGAAGAAAAGCUGCAUUCAGGUGUCCGCUUUCGUCAACAACCCAAGCAGGUAAAAACUCCUACGUCAAAAUAGCGGAGCAUACCAUUUCGCCCAUGCAUUCUGCAACAUGUCACUUGCCGAGUCGUUUCUCCGCGGAGGCACGCCGUGCACCGAGGUGCCGGAGCUGGCGGAAGUGUUGAGCUCCAUCGGCACGACGUACAAGCACUGGCGCUUCGUUGCGUACUACCCGCAGCGGUGGCUGCACGACGACGUUGCAAACCGCACAACCGCACCGCUCUACUUUCUCGUUUUUGCCGCUCCCGAGAGAAGGGCGUCGGCCGGCAUCUCUUCUUCUUCUGUUUCUGCCGCCAAGAAGCAAUGGGAGGAAAGCCCGCAGGCGGCGAGCUCGCAUGCGGCGUCGCUGCAUCAGAUGGACAACGCGGCGUGGCACCUCCUGUGCUACACGGUGCUGCCCAAUGGUGCCAUUCCGCACGAGACGUAUGAGUGUGAGGGCAUCAACGACUGCGGCAGCGGUGGCGUGAGGGAAGGCGUGACGAGUGGCGGCGGGGGCGUUGGGGCGCUGCGCACGCUGCUGCGCACGAUCCCUGCUUUUCUACACCCUUCGGCUUCGCUGGAGUGGUUCAGCGUGGUGUAUGGGCAGGCGUAUUGUCGAAUGGGGCUGAUGUCAGAGCCGGUGUUCGAAGACACGGUGGCGCCGGCGGUGGCAGAGGCGCUGAUCCGAUUUUGGAAGCCGCGGCACGGCUCCGUCGUGGGAGAGGAGAAGCAAGAUUUCGUCUCUGUCGUCACCAGCGCUCACUACGUGCACGAUGGACAUUGCGUCAAGACGAUCGAUUUAACGCGCGACAACGCCUUCACGUCGUUGCACCCAAUACGGCAUGUGGCAGCGGACGCUGGUGUGCAUUCCUUCGUGGAGGAGGUGGUGCGCGCUGCAGCGCAGUGGAUGUUGUCCACCGCCAGCAGCACCGCCGUGCGCUCCCUCACGGGAGACGCGUCGGUGCCUUCCUUACCGGACGAGGGCAAGAAUCUGCUGCACCCGAUCGUGGCGAUGCUCCCCCCGUGUCUCUACACGUCCUUGUUUGUGGAGGCCGACCACGUCAAGGCGGCCCGUGGCGCGCCACUGGUGGACCCCGCGUCGGUGACCGGCCUCGCCAGGCUGCGCGCGGAGAGGGACGCCGGCGUUGCCCAGUGGAAGGGGAAAAUCGGCGAAUACACCACCUUCACCCUACCGGACUGUCCUGCCUCCUCCACGCGCGCUUUCCAGCACGUCAUCUUGUUGCAGCGCCCGAUUGUUGAAAAGCGGCACGUCGACGUCGACAACCGUGACCCUGGUCCGCUCACUCCCCAGCCCAUUGGAGCUGAGCUGCACCUGCUGCAGGACCGCGGCGAUGUGCUGUACACGCUGGAGCAGCUGGGCAACCGCGCGAACAUUCAAUUUUUGUACUCCGACACCCUGCCGGAUGACGGUGAGGUGUUGGUGCAGCUGUCGCCGGUGGAAGGGACUCCGUUCUGCGACUUAGAGACGUACUUCCGGGGCGUCGCGGACGACGCCCCCGUCCUCCACUCGGCGCCCGCGUCGCGGUGUGCGGGCUCGUGCUGUGGCGUGGUGGUGCCGCGUGUGUUGUACCGACGUCCCACCGGCAAGGCGGAGAAGGCAAACCCAAUCGCGACGGCGCAGGCGGGGGUGGAGGUGCUGCCGCCUACCACGGAGAUGGUGAAGGCGGCCGCAGCGGCGCUCCAAUUUUUGGCUGCGCACGCGGAGGAGAUCAACAACGAAGCGGACUCGCCGGCUACGGUGACGCCCUCCUCUUCUGCUGUGGCGGCUCCGCCGUCGGCUGUUCCGCCCCGACCCGGCUACACACUCAGGGUGCCCCCGGUUGAUCUGUCAUUGGUGCCGCCGAAGAAGUGUGGAUGGUGCAGCCGUCGACGCGAGGUGCUCCUGCGCUGCGGCAGCUGCAAGGCCGUCACGUACUGCUGCAAACGGCACCAGGAGCUGGACUGGAGGCAGGGCACACACAAGACCGAGUGCAAGCUGUGGCGGCACGCGCGAGAGCUGCACGAGCGGGUGGUGGAGCGUUGGGCUGCGUCGACGCCGCUGACGUGGCGCGUUGCGGAACCCGCCGGAGACACGCAGGAGGAACUCGUGCAAAAGGGCAGCGGGUGGUCCUGCGCGGCCACGGUGGCGCAGUUCAUAAAAGAUGUGGGGGCUGAAGCUUCUUCCCACCGUGGCGUGCCGCGUCCGGGAGGCUUCAGCGGCGACGUCUGGAGUAUCCACGUGGCCGGAUUUGAGCCAAACUGCCUGGCCGAAUUUGUUCGUGCAGCGAUGGACCAAUUCAGCUGCUUCGACGACGGCACACGUCAGUAUCGUGUUCUCCUCUGCGCUGACACCUUCACCGAUGCGCAGCGCAACGCGGUGUGGGCGGUGCGACGCUCCCCGGGGCUGGGCCAGCCGCGUGUCUGGCGCACCCCCAGCACUGGCGUUCUCGGUGAUGCGUGGCACUGUAAGGGGGGCAAUGAAGCAGAAACGAGGUCAGCGGCGUGUGUCGCGUUGAUUCGGUGCUGUGGCGUCAAGUACCACAACGUGGACCGCGGGAGCGGUAAAGACGAUGUCGCUGGGCUCGGCGAGAGGCCAUCCGCCGUUAUCUCGUUCGGGCCCUUCAACGGAGAGGGCUGCACGUAUCUGAACGCUGCGUUGGAAGUGUUUGCCGGGCAAGACGUGGGGGUAGUGCCUCUGCGACUUGUUGACAGCUCCUAUGUCGGAGCCGCGCGCACGCGGGACGCGCUGAUGGCGCGUAUCAGCAGCAGUGACGCAUGCGUGGCCACCGCCAAAUCUCGCGCGAGUGAACUCGUGAGUCGCGCAAAGGAGAAGGAGAGCGCGGAGGUGCAGGAUGACGCCGCACCGGCGUACAUGGCGAGCGCUGGGCGGCAUCUGCCUUUUCAGAUUCUGUUCAACGACGGCGGUGCGGUCGCCCGGGAGGUGACAGCGGGAACGCCGACAACAAAUGGCGUGGACGGCGCGGGUGGUACUGCCGCGACUGCCACGGCGAGUGAGGUGGGGAAAGCACGCGCGGGAGGCGCGAUGCCCCACUAUGCGAAUUCCUACCUCUUCGAUGUGUUUCCGUCCGAGUUUUGA